UGUUUAGGGAGGAGGAGCCAGGACAAUCAUGUGCCUUUCAUUUCAAACCAAUCAGCAGCAGGUAUUCAUCUCAGCCAAUCAGCUGCAGUACACUGGACUAGAAACGCUUCUGCACUUUUCAUGUGUUUAUGUGAUACGAGUUUAACUUCCUGGGACCAGCUGGAACAUUGUACUGUGUUUACUGUCAGAGCACUGACACUGGAGGAGAACUGCACCACAACAUGUGUGUCUGUCACCUUCAGUCAGUGUCUGCUUCAGUGUAUUUGCCAAAGUGUGACACCUGUGUGACGAGUGAUUGUGAAAUCUGCUGAAGGGUUUCUUCAGAGAUGUUUCCGAUGGGAUUAACUGCCUUUGUGCCACAGAAAUAAGAGCUUUGCAAUUAUGAGCCAAUGUUUUUAAAGAUGUUUUCUUUUACAUAUUUAAUUGUGGAGUUUAAAACAGAUGUACACGUACUAUGUUACAACAAUAAAAGCUGGGUUAUUUGGUCUCCGCAGUCUGAAUGAUGUCUGGUUGCUGGGGCAGUCUUCAGGCCUCCAUUAAGUCAUAGAUUAAUGGAGUUCAUGUCAGAAUUACUGUAAGUGUGAGAUGGCAUCUUCUCGAGCUGUUCAUACGGCUGAUAACGGUCAUCUGUAUGUGUUUUACAACAACCAAUGCUGUAGGCAUCCGUGGCAUAGUAUGUAAGGGAUAAUGUACAGCCGAUUGUUAUCGCACAAUAAACGCCGACAGGACGAUCAGGAUCCCGAAUCGGAGACUCUUGCAUCAUCCUGAAGGGGUUUAUUUUGUGAUAACCGUCUGACUGUACAUUAUCCCGCUUAUUACAUGACUACUAAAUGAAUAAAUACAUGAAUAUAAAAUAUUGACUCGCUUAUUUGUAGAUGGUGCGGCGAUCCGGGAAGCAGGAGAAAUGGCUCCCGGAUGUGCGGUUGUUACAGAGCAAUGUCUGACCAGUGGAUGGCGCAAUUGAGCAAUCAGAAUUGAGUAUCCCAGAGAGCAUGUAAUAAAAUUGCAUAUCAAACAAAUCUGUGUUCACUACCUUCAACUUUUCAGGCCGCCGCCUUACUGUUUUUCUGUUACAUGAUGUCAUGACUCAAGUCGGAGCUUUCUACAAAGAUGUUUUUUACAGGUCAGGACCUCUUAAUUCCAACAUGACGUGAAUCCUCCAUUACAAUGAUGGGAUGUUUAAAUGAGCCGAGACUGUCAAAACUUCAAACACAAACAAACCCACAAGCUUUUUAAAAACUGCUUUAUUUCUCUCUUUCGAGCUUUUCUUUAUUUUCUAUCUAUAGUCUGUCUGUCUAUCAUCUGUCUAUAUAUCUAUCAUCUGUCUGUCUAUCUAUCAUCUGUCUGUCUAUCUAUCUAUUAUCUGUCUGUCUGUCUGUCUAUCUAUCGUCUAUCUAUCAUCUCUGUCUAGCAUCUAUCUAUCGUCUGUCUAUCUAUCUAUCUGUCUAUCAUCUGUCUGUCUAUCUAUCUGUCUAUCUAUCUAUCUGUCUAUCUAUCAUCUAUCUAUCUAUCGUCUGUCUAUCUAUCUAUCUGUCUAUCAUCUGUCUGUCUAUCUAUCUGUCUAUCGUCUGUCUAUCUAUCUAUCUGUCUAUCAUCUGUCUGUCUGUCUAUCUAUCUGUCUAUCGUCUGUCUAUAUAUCUGUCUAUCAUCUGUCUGUAUAUCUGUCUAUCAUCUGUCUAUCUAUCUAUCUAUAUAUCUGUCUAUCAUCUGUCUGUCUAUCUAUCUAUCUAUAUAUCUGUCUAUCUAUAUAUCUGUCUAUCUAUCUAUCAUCUGUCUGUCUAUCUGUCUAUCUAUCUGUCUGUAUAUCUAUCUAUCUAUAUAUCUGUCUAUCA